AUGGAUAGGUCAAAGGCCAGGCCUCUCGAACCUUUGGAGUUGAAAGCUCGCCCUUUGGCUUUCCACGCCAUAGCUUGGUCAUGCGAUGCCGAACUAGCCGUCGCAACGGGUGACACAAUUCACAUUUUUCUGCCUGAAUACCCUCGGGCGGGCAGCAAUCCCGACGACCCUGGUGACGACGGCUUCCUCCAACCCCAGUUCUCUCUCACGCUCACAGCUUGCGCCAUCGUCCGCCCGGACCCAGCUAUCAACGGCCCGUUAUGCGCCUUUGCUGGCGUGGCCUUGCCUCCUUCCAGCUCCACGGAGCCACUCGUAUUCAAAGGCGUCGGGAACGCGGAAGCGACAAAAGCUGGCUCAGCCUUGGGGCAAACUCUCCGUGUGGAAUGGUCUCCCAACGGCCUGGGGCAAAACUUGCGGCCCAUCGUGACCGUAAUGACCACCUCGGGGAGUAUCGUUGCGUUGGGUGAGUAUAUUGAUCAGAAGACAGCAAUGUCAUCGAGGUCUCGCACGAGGACAUUCAGAAAUUGGAAACUCCUCUGGGGCCUGGGUGCAAAUUUGCCCAUUCCUGACGGUGAGAGCAAGAGUGGAUUCAGGAAUAUGAAUGAACGGAUUGUGUCAUUUUCCUGGGCCAAGGAAAUUGCUCCCGGAAUGGGCUUGUUGGCGUACUUGAAUGAUGCCCGGGAAGUUGCCAUUAUGGGGAUACAAUUCUUUUACAAGCCCCCCGAGUCGGAUGAGUCCUCUUCCGAGGUGGCAGGGUGGGAGAUAUUUGAGAUUGAUCGAUUCGACGGAAGGGGACCGCAUGAUGCUACCGAGGCAGCAGAUCCGGAAUUCGUCCCUACCGGAGGUCCCUUUUCCUUGAAGUGGAGUCCAUGGCAUAUCACAAACGAUUACCGCACAGCAACUAUCGCCUACUUGGGGAAAAAUCACAUUGGAUUUCGACGAGUCACUAUACAAGGGCGCUGGCAUCGAGGCCAAGACCCGAGUAUCCGUGUAGAAGAAGCCGACACCACGUCGAUAUGUACUUUUCUAUCUUCAGAUGCGUUUGUGGAGUGGGAAGACACGAUCUGGCAAGAUAGCAAUGGCCAAAUGGCCCGCGGUAUAAUUGCCACGCCGUUCGUCGUUAAACCCUUCCAAGUUGAUCUCUGCGCAAAUCCAGGUCCCCGUCUUGCGCCUCACUCACCUCGAGACUGCUCAACUUCAUACCCCCCGCCUGAUGAAAUUUCUACAAAUCCCAUAACAGGCCUCAUCAUCCACCACCCCGAUCCAUCCAUGAAACCCGCCGAGCCGCUGUACACCCUCAUCCGCCUCUCUGCCACGCCCACCAACCAAGACUGGUACCAGACUAACCUCCCUCCGACAACCCCUUUCCCCCAAUGGGCCGAACGCAUUCAACGGUCUGUCACCCGCCAAGUAUCCCGCGUCGAAGCCCUCGGCGGCAUCGAUUCCGAAUCAGAUACCGACUCUGAGUUCGACGAACCCGAAGUCCACGACAUGACCCCCGUCUCCGAAGAAGCUGUCUCAUCAAAAGUCCAUCCUCACCGCUUUCGGCUUUGGGGCCUAGCCGCCUCCCCCGGAGACGGAUCCAUUGCGGCCCUGGUAUCGAAGCACGCCACUCAGCACGCUGAGAGACGACCACGGUCAACAGUCUUGUUUUCAUGGGAUACGGGUGAGCGUACAGACUCAACGGUGCCCCAUGUACCGAAGUUGACCACUGAAGGGACAAUAUGGGAAGCCAUGUAUGGGAGGAUACUAGAUAUGCCGAGUUUCCUGUCAGGGACCACAGAUAGGUCGUUAGUUCACGAGACGUCACUAAGGAAGAUGUUUAAGGGUGUUAUUCCAAAGCAAAAGUGUGUCUUCUGCGGGACGAGCCUGGUCAUGCUUGGAAUUGAGUCGAUUUGCGAAAAGGGCCAUUCUUUCGCUACGUGUACUGCCACGGGACUUGCAAUCAUGGCUCCAGGCGUGUCCAGGGUGUGCUCGGUAUGCGAUUUGCGAUGUCUGAAUUUAUCCGAGCUCUCUCGGAUCGCGAAGGAGCACUUGGGACCAUCUACGGUAGUCGAAUCGGCGGGCGAGGUGUGCGGUGGAUGUGGAGGAAAGUUCCUAUUCUAA